CCGAGCAAACAAAACAGAAUUUGACAAAACCAGCUGAAUAAAUUUAGGCAGUAAUUUGUAGAUGCCAUUUGGACAUAUGGAUAACACCAUCGAUACCAGGCCAUCUUCUUGUAUGGCUUUCUUAGCCAAAUUUUUCACAAUGCACAUGAUAAACAUUAUUAUGAUGGCAACAGUUGGGUAAACUUGCUAAUAUUCUUUGAAUCCGCUUUGGUGUCAUAAGAUCACAGCACUAUAUAAGCCCGUGUGAUCAUCCGAGAACACCAUCAAUACCCAAAAUGAAAGUAACAUCGAUCGUCUUGUGUGGAAUUCUAUUCCUGGCAGCCUAUCUCCUGGGGAGCAGUGAAGCGGUGACCUGUGAGGACGAUCCCGCCGACGAAAACUGCAUUAACUGCACCACCAGUCCGACGAACGCAGAAUGCUUGCAAGAGACAUCCACAACGGCACCCACAACGGCACCCACAACGGCACCCACAACGGCACCCACAACGGCACCCACGACAGGCACGGACUCCAGCAGCACGGCACCAGGGACAGGAUCCACCACAGCGGCAUCAUCGAGCGGCGCCAACACUCCUGCUCCGAGCAGCGGCACGGCAUCGGCCAGCGACUCAGCAUCGACGUCGGGAAGCUCCAGCAAUGCAGCCGCCAGAAGGAGGAGGAGGGCUGCCCGGAGGAGGGCUCAAAGGAGGCGUGCCGCCCGAAGGAGGCAGGCGGCCAGGAGGAGGGCUCAAAGGCGCAGGCGACAGAACCGGUCCGGUUAAAUAAUAUUCCCUCUUCGGAACUGGAGUAAUGGCUCACUGGUUUCAUAUUCAACGAUUUACGAUUAUUCUGAAAAAACUAAAUAAAAUCAAUACAAUGC